AUGGCUGCCCUUACAAUAGACCCAGUGGAGCAGCCUCGGAUGUACCAACAGACUCUGCUCCAGGACGGACUGUGUGACCUCUUGGAAAAUGAAAAGUUUGUGGACUGUGUGCUCAAAAUCCAGGAUAAGGAGUUCCCCUGUCAUCGCCUGGUUCUGGCAGCCAGCAGCCCGUUCUUCAAGGCUAUGUUCCUGUCUGAUCUGGAGGAGAGCAAGAAGAAGGAGAUCACCCUCAAAGAUGUAGAACCAGGAGUGAUGGGGAUGAUCUUGCGUUACUUAUACACCUCUGACAUUAAUCUAACAGAGCAGAACGUGCAGGACAUCUUUAUGGUUGCUAACAUGUACCAGAUCCCAUCCAUCUUUUCUGUGUGUGUAACCUACCUCCAGGAGAAGCUGGUUCUGGGGAACUGCUUGGCAAUCUUCAGACUGGGACUUCUCCUGGAUUGUCCCCGUCUUGCUUUGGCUGCUCGGGACUUCAUCUGUGAACGCUUCCAGGUUGUUGUCAGGGACCAGGACUUCCUCCAGCUGGGCCCAAGUGAGCUGGCCAUCAUCAUCACCUCAGAUGCCCUCAAUGUAGAGCAAGAGGAGCAGGUGUUUGAGUCCCUGAUGGAGUGGAUCAAACACGAUGAGACAAACCGAGUCAAGGACCUGCCAGAGCUGCUGCACUGUGUCCGCUUCAGACUCAUACCUCCUGAUUACUUCAAAGAGAAAGUGGAACGGCAUCAAUACAUUCGCUUCAGCCAGGAGCUCAAGAAGGAUCUGGAUCUUGUCAAGGAUGCUCACAAAGGGCGUCUCCCAAAACCCAAGAAGCCCAGCAAAGAUGAGGCUAAAGGUGGAGAGGAAGAGGAUGAUGAGGAGGAGGAGGGGUACCUGCCGGGGAUUCUCAACAACAACCCUCGCUUUGGGAUGUUUGAAAUAGACCUGAUACUGAUGAUCAGUGACACAGGGACUGUGGCCUAUGACCCAGUAGGGAAUGAAUGCUUUGUGGCGUCACAGUCAACAGAGAUUCCCAAGACCCACUGCAGCCUGGUGACCCAGCAGAACCAGGUGUUUGUGGUUGGAGGUCUUAUCUACAAUGAGGAGAACAAAGAUGAACCCUUCAGCUCAUACUUCCUACAGGUACAAUCAAAGAAAACCAUGACACUGCUGAAUUUAUUCUCAGUCCUGGGAUAAAGAGUUCAAAGUGUUAAAAUGUGAUUGUUUCCUUCCUUCCUCAGUUUGACCCUGUGACCUCAGAGUGGCUGGGGAUGCCUUCACAGCCAAGCCCGCGCUGUCUGUUUGGUCUCGCUGAAGCCGAAAACUCCAUCUUUAUUGUUGGAGGAAAGGAGCUGAAAGAAGGAGAGCACGUCCUGGACUCUGUCAUGAUCUACGACAGACAGUAAGAACAAAAUGAGAAACAAAAUACACCAACUAUUAUUCAGGAUCAUUACCUGAGUGAUAGAUAGGAAUAGGAAUAUGAAAAAGGAAGUUUGUUCUGCUCAUAAAUUCUUUCGACUUCUCAUCAAAUCAUCUUUUUAAAGACUCAAAGUGUCAGCAAUUUUUCCAUUCAGUUAUUUGAGUGUAAAACCAUCUCUUGUUGUCUUGUCACAUGAAAGUGUAGAUAACAAAACAUAUCAAAAUGUGAUGGAAAUCAAACUCAUGUUUGGUUUUGCAACAAUACUGCCAAUGGACUGUACUCUUACAUCAGCCAUCUUCUUCUGUUGCACAUGAUGUUUUUGUUUCAGGUCAUACUCAAUUUUUCCAAUUCACUGUGGGUAUCUCAAAACUCCCGAUAGCUAGCCAGCACAAUCUAGUUGCUUUUAUGUUUAGUCUUUGUUUUUAAUAUUUGGGAAUUAGUUUGUCACUUGUUGAAUUAUUUGAAUGAAAUUGCUGCUUCACAAGUAAGACCUUAGUAUGAGGCUUAGUAUGGUGAAGGUCCUGGUUCAAAGAGUGACCCUGUUUACAGGCAACUUUGUUAGAAUGGUCAAUUAACUGUGUUCCCAAAUUAUCAUUUUUUAAAUGAUUUAAUUUACCCAAUUCUGAACAUCUGUUCUUUUUAAGUAAAUAACUAUUAUCACUAAAAUUGCAGGACUUCGUUUUGCCUAUAACUUGGCUUGUCUUGAUCUUCCCAAAACCAAAACGGGUCUAAGUUUCAUGAGUCUCUAUAAUGACCCUCUGAACCUAUAGGGUUAAGUUGUGAUUGUAUUCCCUCUUUUUUUCCACGCAGGUCGUUUAAAUGGGGAGAGUCAGACCCUUUGCCGUAUGAAGUUUAUGGACAUGGAACAGUUUCACACAAAGGCCUCGUCUAUGUGAUUGGAGGAAAGUCUAAAAGCAAGUAUGUUUCCUUCUCUGUGUUGUUUACAACCUGUCUGUCAUUUUACCACUUGACUCUUCAGGAAGGCAUUUCAAUAAUGUUUCUUAGUUAGACUAUUUGUCAUGCACUACAGCAACCAAAACCUUUAAGUUACUUUUGUAGGUCUGAGUUUGCUUCAUUACUCAUGUUAGGGUCUACAUUAAACUCUGUGUUCUCUCUGUGAUCAUUCAAGUUCAUUUGUGUUUCAAACAGGAAAUGCAUGAGGAGAGUGUGUGUCUACAACCCCACUAAGUUUGAGUGGACGGACCUGGCUCCUCUGAAGACAGCCCGCUCUCUGUUUGGUAUCACAGUCCAUGAAGAUCAGAUUUUUGUGGUGGCAGGUGUCACAGACUCAGGCCUCACUUGCUCUGCGGAGGUCUAUGACAUUGCCACCAACAAGUGAGUCAACAGUUUUUAUAUGACCCACUUUACGUUGGUGUAAUGAGGUGAAGCAUCUGUCCACAGUAGUCAAAUGACUCACGGAGAGUGAAAAUCAGAUCAUCAGGUCAUAAAACGACUCUCACUGUUCCACUGUCAUUGCUUUUGGAUGUGUGUGUGUUCGUGUCUGUGUGUGUGUGUGUGUGUGUGUGUGUGUGUGUGUGUGUGUGUGUGUGUGUGUGUGUGUGUGUGUGUCUGUGUGUCUGUGUGUCUGUGUGUCUUUGUGUGUGUGGUUAUUGUUCCGUUGUACUCCAGGUGGUCAGAGUUCACAGAGUUCCCUCAGGAGCGCAGCUCUCUCAGUGUGAUUUCUAUGGGAGGUUUCCUGUUCGCUCUCGGGGGCUUUGCCAUGAUGCCCACUGAGACCAGCGAGGAGCCCGUCCCCACAGAGAUGACUGACAUCUGGAGGUACAACCACCCUCAUUCACUCAAGAAACAUCUUUUGGGCAAUAUAUGAUCAAAGUAGCUGAAUUAAGUGUUGUUUUUUCUUGGUGAGAUUUUAUCAAACAGUUUUGAUAACUCUUCCCCCAUGAUUGCACCGGUGACACAUUUUGGAGUAAAUAUUUUAAAGCUUCUUUGAAUGAAGCAGUCUUUGCUUAUCUUGUCCUCUAAAUGCUUAAAAUAUGUCCUCUGAAAGAAAAAAAAAACUCAUCACACUGACUAUUAACAGUCAGGUGUCCAAAUAUUUGAUGUGGAAAUUGUAAAAAAAAGUCAGUUUCUGUAGCUACCCAUUCAUACCAAUUUCAGGCGCUAAAAAGAACUAUAGAAAAACUGUUAAUCUUGUUUGCUUUUAUAUGACAUAAAAAGGAAUUAAAAUGAAUUUUAGUCAGUCUACAAAUUAAAAAAAAAAAAACUCAAACGAGAUAAUCUCAAACCAAACUUACAUCCCAGUAAACAAAAUAAAAUGCCCACACAAUUUUCUCCCUAUCUUCAAGAGCACUUUUUUUUUUUUUAAAGUUUUGUUUUAGUUACAGAUCUGUAAAUGUUGACCAGUGUUUCCUACAUCAACCACAGUCUAAAAUAGGAAGUCCCUCUGUGUCAUAGGGCUCCAUAGGUGCUCCUUUCAUGCUCACUUGAACACCAAAUGUGUGUGAACCAGCUGCUGAAACUGAAAGACCCACAUACAUGUUCAUGUUUGAGAUUAUUCUUAGAAACCACUGUGAUCAAAUAUCAGAGGAAAUGAGAAAGCAUCCUUGAACUUUAAGAUAAGAUAAACUCUAUUCAUCCCACUGUGGGAAAUUUGCAAUGUUAACAGCAGCACAGGAUCAGCACAGCAACCAUAAAAGUAUAACCCUAAUUUUUUUAGUGAUUGUUUUCCUGUUUUGAAUAUUUAGUGCGUAAUUGGGAACAAAUGAUCAAGUAUAAACACUGAGUUUGUUAUUUUAUGCAUUCAUGUGCAAUGUUAGUUAUGCCUUUUGUGAGUUUGUUGUCAAUAAAAAAUACAGCUGAACACAGGACUAAUAAUGUUUUACAGUAACGGCAGCCAUCAAGUUAAAGGUGCAGUGUGUAAUUUUUAGCUGCAUUUAACAGAAGAGACUCUGUAGAAAUGAAACAUAAUAUUUGUAAAUUAUCUUGAAUUAGAGAAGAACUACUUGAGUAUAUCAUUCUCUGUGUUUGUUGAAUAAGUCUUUUAUAUCUACAUUGAAAAAAACUGGGUGAAAUACAUGUUUGGAAGGUGAGGAAGAUGAGAGCAGUUGUUGUGUGUAAAAGGACUUGUGCUGAUAAUUACUUUUAAUAGGAAAAACAUAACAAAUGGAGGAUCAUAUUAUGUUUUAUGGAGGCUUCAUGUCCUUUAAGGCCACCAUAGCCUCACAGAUGUGAGGGUUGAGCAAGGGAGCUGACCACUAGAUAUUUUAAAAUAAUCCCACCUCUACACACGGUACCUUUUACAUGUCGUGUUUUAGGAUGAUAGUUUGCACAUGGUUACUUGUUAUACAUUACAGCAGGAUUUAACUGCUAUAAAAGUCAAACCUGCCCUGCUAUAAAAACUCUUUCGAUAUGUAGUGACUAAUUCUCUAGUUGUUCAAAGUCAGACUAGUAAACUAAUCUGCCAUGUCAACUUUUGUUUGCCAAGUGUGUAAAAUUGCAUGGCUAGCAGCACCACCAUUAGGGUUUUUACAAAUAUCCACGUGUAUGUCCUGGUUAUACGUUGUCCUGGUUGAGGGUACACACAUCUUUAUCUCCAUUACCUUGAUCAAAAUACUACCAAACUACACCACACUACAGUAUGCUAGCUGUCAUUUGUGCUUGUUUACAUCUUUCUAGUAGAACAUUUAGCAUAACAGCAGUACUCUAUAACCAGUGGCUGCAGCUAAGACACAACAUAUGACUUUCAUGCCAAAUGGUGAUUCUAAUGCAGACUCACAGAGGUGACAACAUUUAGUUUAUUUAACGUGCACAUCUCUGUUAUGUAUACAAAAAUAAUUUGCUGUUUAAGCCCUUAUAAUGAAAAAUAAUCCCAUUGAAAAGCAAUGAGAUUGUUUUUACUGUAUUCAACCACAUGGACCACUAAAAACUAAAACGUAGUUUUCUUUCAGGUACGAUGAAUCAGAAAUGAGCUGGAACGGGAUUUUGCGAGAGAUAAGCUACGCUGAGGGAUCCACUGUUCUUCCAGUGCGACUCAACACUCUGCGUCUCACCAAGUUAUAACUGAACUGACACUGUGAAGUAUUUGAUGAUACAUGAGAAAGAAAUGAAUGAGAAUGGAGAAAUCUGUUACGGUGAUUGGGCCAAAAUAUUGGCUGAUGUAGCGAAUCAAUUCAGAGUGCGAGCUGGAUUUGGACUGUGGAGAUAUAGAAAGAGUUGGGAAACAAGAUUUAAAUUGUUGUAUCUUUACAUCUCAGCAGAGGGAGACAUGUUUGUGCUGAGUUGUGAGAGCAGAGCUGAAUGAUGAGUAAAAAUUUCAC